AUGACAGACGGCGGCCAUAUUGGUGACGGUGUUGAGCACGGCGUGGAGGCGGCAUCACGUGACCGGUGGUGCGAUUUCCGGCUGCGUGGUGGCGUGCGGGCAUUGAAUGACGCGCCGGGGGCUGAGAGCCAAUCCGCUCACGACUUUUCCGUCUCCAUUGUAGCGACGCGCAACGGACCAACGGGAGAACAGGAUGAACAGGACAAUGAUAUAUAA